CUGAAAUGCUGCCAGUUGACAAACCCUCCUCAGAGACUGACUGAUUACACACGCAGGUGCUAGAGACUGAAGGGGGAGAGAGCUGCUCUCCAGGCACCACCAUCUGUACCCCCAGCCCAGCCCUAUUUGCCUUGUGUUUAUUUUGUUCUUUUGUGAUAUGAGAUCUCAAGAGACCAAUAAAAUAACCUUUGAGAAGGACAGAGGCUUGGGGCGCCCACCUGUAUGGGGGUGCUGCAAGAAGCCUCUGCUAGGGUGUCUGUUGUGCCGUGUGGUUUGUUUUGUUUGCUCCUUUAUUUUGUUUUGCUUGCCCAGUCUCUCCUUACCCUUGGAUGCUGCUUACCCCUCAGGCACACCUGUGUCCCGUGUUCAGGCUCUGCUAUAAAGCAGGCCUUGAGGCCAUUGGAGUUUCUGUUUAGGGCAUUAAAAAUCCCCACAAGAUAUAAAGAGCAAAUGUUUUCCACCUCUCUUAAGAGUAGAAGGAUUACAUAAAAAUUAAUAAACGUUUUCAAUGAUGGAAAAGCGUGUCUUGUAAUUAUUUGGCCCUUGCCUUGUUGAGUGCAUCAGAGAGGAAGCCUCGGCUGUAUUUGCUCCCUAAUUGCUUGUCUGUGUGGUGUCAUCUCUUCUAGUGUUUUGAUAUUUGUUAGGUUUGCAGAUGAGUUUGGGGCCUCUGGCAACAGAGAGACUAAGGAACAGGGUGUGGUGUCUGUGUGCUUUGAUGAAGAUGAAGACAGGAACUUGUGCUUAAUAGCAUAUCCCUUAAAAGGGGACCAUGGAGCCAUGGACAGUGUAGACAAUUCAGACUGUGAACCAAAAAGUAAGCUCCUAAGAUGGACAAACAAAAAACAUCACGUCCUUGACCCAGAGAAGACCCCCAAGGACUGGGUGCGGCAGCACUGGAAGGAGGAGAAAAUGAAGAGCCAUAAGUUAGAAGAAGAAUUUGAGUGGCUCAAGAAAUCUGAAGUCUUGUACUACAGUGUAGAGAAAAAGGGGAAUGUAAGUUCCCAGCUUAAAUACUACAACCCCUGGAGCAUGAAGUGUCACCAGCAGCAGUUACAGAGAAUGAAGGAGAAUGCAAAGCAUCGGAACCAGUACAAAUUUAUCUUACUGGAGAACCUCACUUCCCGAUAUGAGGUACCUUGUGUCCUGGACCUCAAGAUGGGGACACGCCAGCAUGGUGACGAUGCUUCAGAGGAGAAGGCAGCCAACCAAAUCCGAAAAUGCCAGCAAAGCACCUCUGCGGUCAUUGGUGUGCGCCUGUGCGGCAUGCAGGUGUACCAGGCGGGCAGUGGGCAGCUCAUGUUCAUGAACAAGUACCAUGGCCGGAAACUGUCGGUGCAGGGCUUUAAGGAGGCGCUUUUCCAGUUCUUCCACAACGGGCGGUACCUGCGCCGCGAGCUCCUCGGCCCUGUGCUCAAGAAGCUGGCGGAGCUCAAGGCCGUGCUGGAGCGACAGGAGUCUUACCGCUUCUACUCCAGCUCCCUGCUCAUCAUCUACGAUGGCAAGGAGCGGCCGGAGGUGGCCCUGGACUCGGACGCGGAGGACUUGGAGGACCUGUCCGAGGAGUCCGCCGACGAGUCGGCCGGGGCCUACGCCUUCAAGCCCCUCAGCACCAGCUCCGUGGACGUGCGCAUGAUUGACUUUGCCCACACCACCUGCCGGCUGUACGGCGAGGACAGCGUCGUGCACGAGGGCCAGGAUGCUGGCUACAUCUUCGGGCUCCAGAGCCUGAUAGACAUUGUCACAGAGAUCACUGAGGAGAGUGGGGAGUGAGCUGGCCGACUGUACUGGUCCUUGCCCCUCCGUGUCCCGGGCACAGCUGUGCUGCGUCCAGGAGGAAGCCAGUGUGGCCAGGGGUGGCCUCUGCAGCCUGGAGCUGACGCACAGAGGCCUCGAGUCCCGCCUGAGCCGGCCCCACCGCGCUCCGAGUCUAUUUAUUUUACUGUUUCUUCAACAUUCCAUGUUUGAUGAACAGAUACCUCUCUUCCCUGAGUGUAACUGUCCUAAUACAAACCCUUUUGUUAAUUGUA